AUGACACUUACCAAAGGCUCAAGACUGUUCCACAUCUACAUACAUACCUUAAUUAAAGAAGAAAUACCUGAAGAGUUUCAUUACUGGCAUAACCGACGUGUCAUGCCGAUUUUCAUUGUCACAGAAGAAGGAUGGACCAGUACAAAAAACAACUUGAAAAUUGACAGUGGUGGUAACCAUAGCCUGCGUGGCAGGCGCAAAAAGCGAAGGGGGAGGGGGGAGGGAGAAAGGAAAAAGGGAAGGGAGCGCCUGCUCUAAGAGCCUAUGUUUUUGCAUAACGCCUACCAAUUUUCUAGUAAUCUGAUUACGCUUACUGUCAAUCAAGUGUCGCUACACUCGCCAGUGCAGAAAAACAUUACACUCACAGACUAAAGAAAUUCGCUUAGUUAUUCAGAUCCAGAAGGCACUUUCAAGAAAAUUGGAACCCUUAUUCAGCCGUAAUAAAAAAAGCUUUACGCUUCAAAAGAGGUCAAAGAAAUUGCGCUUGCAUCAGAGGGCAAAUCCUGCUGACCAGAAAACAAUAACUACAGUCAAUCGAUAUGUAUCUCAUGACCUCUCAGUGUGAAACAUGCGGCUAAAAUAACAUUUGCUCAGUAUAAAUGCAGAACCUUCCAGAGCAUAAUCUACCCAGCAGAUAAAAACAGCUUUAUUGGAAUAAGCAGCAUUUUGGCAUGAGGUAAAACCACCCUCUUUUAUUGCUAAGUUACAUCAGCCAAUGUCAUCAUUCGAUAAAUUGGCUAAAUCUUUCGCUGGGUAGCCCAACAAUUCCAUCUCCUGCAACUGGUCUUCGAUAAUACUUUUCAGUGGCUAAAUGACGAGAAUCGCGGCAUUGCCAUUUAGCACGUAGUUCUUUGCGCGUACAAACAUUUGGUAAAUUAAACUCUUGCUGUAUCCGGUCCGCAAAACCGCCAGAACAUCUCUGUCGGCUAAAAGAGCCCUUACUGCUGAUUCUUGCUCUGGUUUUAAAACAGUUUCUCUACCACUAGAUAAAUUCAUUCACAUCUCUGCACUCUCUACGACAACCACGUCUACCGCUGCCAUCUCGACUGUUUGUUGAUUAAUGAAACGCGCAUUUCAAUAUGUUACUCAUUACGGCUCAGCCAAUCAGGAAUUUGUGGACGACAGCGUCCGCAGAUAUGAACAAAAGGGGGUUCUUAGAGCAGGCGUCCCCUCCCCCUCUCCCCAAUCCCCCUCCCCUUUUUCCCUUCCUCCCUAUCCCCUACCCCUACCCCUUUCGACGCCUGCUACGCAGGCUAUGGUAACCAUGGCUACAGUAACCAAUUCCCUGAUAUGCACCCCUUUUUUCUUGCCCAAGGACCUGCAUUCAAAGAAGGCUUUGUUUCAGAACCAUUUGAAAAUGUGAAUAUAUACUCUCUUACGUGUCAUUUACUGGGCAUUGAACCAAUGCCAAACAAUGGCUCAUUACAAGCAGUGCAGCAUCUGUUAAAGGAACACAAACACGAUUAUACAGUGUUGAUAGUAGUCAGUGUAAUUUCUGUUUUAGUUCUUUUGUUAAUGACUUAUGGUAUUGUCUCAUUUUGUGUCAAAAAUCAUUGUAGAUUAAGGCAGUAUGGCCAUAUAUAUGACUUAGGAACAUCAGAAUUGUUUGAUUUGUAG